UCUCUGGUUUAAUUGAUAUGUCAUAUCAAGUACCUACAAGAAUUUCAUAAUAAUUCAUAUUAAAUUGUGAUAACAAAGUUAUUUAAUAUGUCUCUGGCUCUGAGUUAUUAUGGAAAGAGCCCGAGCCGAACAUGACAAGAGCGAAACGGAGGCUGAAACUUUCUGGAAGACUCCGAGAGCCGUUCCGGGCAGGCCUCGUCAGAGGGUCGAGCGAAUCGAGGUUAUGUCGGGGUCGUCCUACCAACAGUUCCAGGCGUCCGUGAACGACGCCUGGGACCUGGGCGACGACGAUGUCGUCUCCGGGAUCGACGAGCCCCGGAUCUCCAAGGCCAUCUCGCAGACGGCGGCGCUCAGCGUCAUCAACUCGCACCGCGUCGCGCAGAGCGCGCCCCGGGCCGACCCCGGCGACGGCGCGCGGCCGGCGGAGGCGCGCAAGCCGCCGGGCAGCCUGCGCCACUACCCGGGCCGGCCGCGCGCCGUGCGCCUGUCGGCGCUCGCGUCGCGCGAGGAGAGCAGCGAGUCCAAGCUGGAGCGCUUCCAGCAGCUGCUCGACCGCGCCGUGCUGGACCUGGACGAGCUCAAGCAGCUCAGCUGGUCGGGCAUUCCCACUAAGGCGCGCGCGGUGACGUGGCGGCUGCUGGCCGGCUACCUGCCCGCCAGCGCGGAGCGGCGCGCCGACACGCUGCAGCGCAAGCGCGCCGACUACCGGCACCUGGUGCGCCAGUACUACGACGCCGAGCGCGAGGAGGACACGUACCGCCAGAUCCACAUCGACAUCCCGCGCAUGAGCCCGCUCGUGGCGCUGUUCCAGCAGAGCACCGUGCAGGUGAUGUUCGAGCGCAUCCUGUACAUCUGGGCCAUCCGCCACCCCGCGUCCGGCUACGUGCAGGGCAUCAACGACCUCGUCACGCCCUUCUUCAUGGUGUUCCUGCAGGAGGCGGCGCCCGGCAAGGAGCUGGAUGACUUCCCGCUCGACAGCCUGUCCGCCGAGCGGCGCGACGUCAUCGAGGCGGACUCCUUCUGGUGCCUGUCCAAGUUCCUGGACAGCAUCCAGGACAACUACAUCUUCGCGCAGCUCGGCAUCCAGCACAAGGUCAACCAGCUCAAGGAGCUGAUCGCGCGCAUCGACCUGACGCUGCACGAGCACCUGCAGCGCCACGGCGUGGACUACCUGCAGUUCUCCUUCCGCUGGAUGAACAACCUGCUGACGCGCGAGAUCCCGCUGGCCUGCAGCAUCCGCCUGUGGGACACCUACCUGGCCGAGUCCGACGGCUUCGCCAGCUUCCAGCUGUACGUGUGCGCCGCCUUCCUGCUGCACUGGCGCGAGCGCCUGCUGCGUGAGCGCGACUUCCAGGGGCUCAUGCUGCUGCUGCAGAACGUGCCCACGCACCACUGGGCCGACGCGCACAUCGGCGUGCUGGUGGCGGAGGCCUACCGCCUGCAGUUCGCCUUCGCCGACGCGCCCAGCCACCUGGCGCGCAGCUGACCGCGCUCGGGCGACGGCGGCGCGCCGAGCUACACGACGCAGCUUACAUUAGAUUUACGAAUAUUUUGUUUUAUAAGUCAGAAAUAUAUCUGGAGCCCUGCGCCCACGACUGAUGCGCUCAAGUGGACGACGAGGAGUGCGCCACUCGCUCGUGUCCACUACCCGUCGAGUGCACUAUCUGUAAUCGAAUAAAAAAACAAAAACUGUUAUUGUGUAUAUAUGCAUCACAUCUAGGUCCAAGGUUAUCGUCGAAUAAAAAUCAUUUUAAAUCAA